AUGACCGACCAUGCAAGCCCCCUCGCGCAAACAAUGGGAGCCGCCCUCGACAACCUGAUCACAUUACACUCAGCAGACGACGCAUCACUCACCCCAAGCCAACUCAUCAUCAAAUUCCUCACCGCUUGCGUAAGCUUGGCGGCCGUCUUCACGGCCUUCUACUACGUUUUCAUUGGCGCCUACAGCCUCGUGCUGCACUUACUCGGCACGAACUAUGGGGCAGGGCGGCUCCCUGGAACGGCCGCAUUGGUUGUGCUGUGCGUGGUUGCGCUGGCUUUGUUUUGGGCGGGUUUGUUCAGAGCGCGGGUGGGAGUUAUGUGGACUGGGGUCGUUGAGGAGAGGGUUCGGCGGAGAAGGGAUGAGGAGUAUGGUGGUGAUGGUGAGCAGCCGGGUCGUGCGAAGGCGUCGUAG